AUGUCGGAGAAGCGGAUAGAGCAGUGGGAAGUUGAGCGAUAUUGGGAAAUAUUCUCAUCGCUUUCCAGCGGCCAACCGCGACUCAACAAUGCGCAGGCUGCCACCGUCUUACGGAACAGCCGACUACGAGACGAUCAGCUGGAGAAAGUGUGGGACCUUGCUGAUGUCGAUGGAGAUGGAGAAUUGGAUUUUGAAGAAUUCUGUGUGGCUAUGAGGCUUAUAUUUGACCUUGUCAAUGGAGAAUUAGCCGAUGUACCUCCCCAGCUACCGGACUGGCUUGUGCCUGAAUCGAAAGCCCAUCUGGUCCAAGCUACCCAAGCAUUAUCGGGCCGCGAACCGCAAUUUGAAAGGGUUGAAGAGGAUGACGACGCACCUGGCCUGAAGGAUGGCUUCGAUUGGUAUAUGAGCCCCGAGGACAAGGCAAAAUAUGAAGAAAUAUAUUCUGCAAACAAGAAUCAUCGCGGAGAGUUAGCUUUCUCUUCUCUCCAAGACCUUUACGACUCCCUCUCCGUCCCCGACACUGAUAUCCGCUCCGCCUGGAACUUAGUUAACCCCUCUGCUUCAUCAGAAAUCAGCAAGGAUGCCUCUCUCGCAUUCCUCCACAUUCUCAACAAUAGACAUGAAGGGUAUCGCAUCCCACGGACUAUCCCCGCCUCCCUUCGCUCUUCAUUCGAAUCGAAUAAAAUCGAUUACCAACUUGAUAAUGUCCGCACAACCAAACGGUGGGGAGUAAACAACGAUGGAGACACCAGUACAGGUCGCAAGGCGAAAUUUGGCGAUGCCUACCUCAGCCGGCUUGGUGUCGGCGGAAGAACAAGCUAUAGACCACAAGGCACGGAUUUUAGCAGUACAAUCCAAGACGAAGAAUGGGAAAAGGUUCGAUUGAGGCGCGAACUUGCAGAGUUAGAAAAGAAGCUCGAAGCUGCUAAUGCAGCUGCGGAAGAGAGGAAGAAUGGCCAUAGGACCGGUGGCGGGCCCAACUGGGCACUUAUCAAGAAAGAAGCGCUGCAAAUGUUGGAAUACAAAGAAAGGGAACUUCGUGAAUUGAGAGAGGGGACUGGCAGAGUGAAAGAAGGAGAGAAUCUCGAGCGACUCAGGGAAGAUAUCAACACGGUCGGCGAGCAGGUAGAGGGUUUAAAGGCACAUUUAACCCGGCGGAAUGAAGUUCUAGCAGACUUGCGCGGGGAGAUUGAAGAAGCGAAACGGAACAGAUAG